UAGCUGCUGAUGUAAAGUGUCUAGCGAAGCAGAACCCUACCACCCUCUGCUCACAAUAUUCAUCUUCAUUUUCUAGGGUUUCAUAUUCGUCACCAAAUCAUGUCUAAUUUGGAUAUGUCUCUCGACGAUAUGAUAAAGAUGAACAAGAAAUCACGAGCGUCUGAAAACCCUAGAUCUAGACCUCCUAAUUCUGGUCCUGGACCCUCUCGCCGCAGGCCCAAUCGUGCUUCCAAACGGGCAACACCAUACGGUGCACAAAAGGUUGAAGCACCAGAGACGACAUGGGGACAUGACAUGUAUGAAGGUCAUGCUGCAGCACACCCCGCAAGGUCAAACCAGGUUACAGGAAUAGAGACUGGCACCAAACUUCUCAUAUCAAACUUGGAUUAUGGUGUUUCCAAUGAAGAUAUCAAGGAGCUUUUUGCAGAGGUAGGUGACCUGAAACGAGCAACAAUACACUAUGAUAGAAGUGGCAGAUCAAAGGGAACGGCAGAAGUAGUGUUUUCAAGGCGUAGAGAUGCAGAACUGGCUAUCAAGAGAUACGAUAAUGUUCAAUUAGAUGGAAAGCCCAUGAAAAUUGACUUGGUAGGAACAAACAUGGGAAAUGAUGGCGGUCCGAAUAAUGCUGGUGGAAACCAAAAUGGUGGACCAAGAAGAGGUGGGGUUAUGGGGAGACUUAGAGGUGGUGGUCAAACAAUGAGGCCGCAAGGAGGUGGUGGUCAGACGAGGGGGCAAGGAAGUGGCGGCGGCGGUGGUGGUGGUGGGAGAGGCGGCAGGGGCAGGGGAAGAGGCAGAGGGGGAGGAGGAGAACGUAGUGCUGUGAAGGUGUCUGCUGAAGAUCUGGAUGCAGAUUUAGAGAAGUACCAUGCCGGAUCAAUGCAAACGGAUUAAAGACGGCUCAGGCUGUUUGGUGUUUUGACAAUGAAGAAAUGUUGUUUGUAUUCUUGAGGUUUUUUUUUUCUGCUUACACAAAACAUGUCAGAAUGGAUAGUUUUUCGUUCUUUCGUUAUUUAUGUAAUGUUUGAGAUGCUGAAUGUCCUUAAUCAA